AUGCGUCCUACUCAAAUUGAAGAAUGUAAAGAGGAUCAGACCAUCACAAUCGUCAUUUUCUCCUGCCUUGUGGCUUUAGCCCGUGCUGGUGUUCCAGUGGCAGUCGCCGCUCCUUUAGCCGCGGCACCUGUUGUUGCAGCACCCGCAGUCGCCGCCAGGCUCGAAGAAUUUGACGCUCUCCCUCAAUACCGAUUUGGUUACAAUGUAGCCGACGCCCUAACUGGUGACUACAAGAGUCAACAAGAAGAACGUAACGGUGACUUGGUACAAGGAUCAUACUCACUCGUGGAUCCUGAUGGCACACGCCGCGUUGUCGAUUAUUCCGCUGACUCUGUCAAUGGAUUCAAUGCAGUUGUGCGCAAAGAGCCUUUAGUCGCUGCUGCACCAGCGGUGGUUGCCGAGCCCGCGGUGGUGCCUGCGCGCAUCGCCGCCGCCCCUGUCGCUGCCGCUCCCGUCGUCGCCGCCCCGGUAGCUAAAUACACCGCUGCAUAUUCUGCCCCAUUGGGGUACGCAGCAUACACCGCUCCAGUCGCCUACUCUGCUCCCUUCACGAGAUUUGCCUCCUAUUCAUCCCCAUUGAUCGCUAGCAGAUAUGCAGCUCCACUGGUCGCCGUC